AUGGCUUCAUCAUCAAACAACAUUGACCUUUCCGGGCCCACCUACUGCGUGCUGAGUGGAGCUUCCCAGGGCAUCGGUCGAGCCAUUGCUGUAGAGAUAUCUAAACUCCUCGGUCCAAACUCUCUGAUGCUGCUGCUGGCACGUAACAAGGCGGAACUGGCCGUAACAGCAAGCCUGUGCGAAUCUGACAAGGUAAAGGUUAUAUUUAACUCCAUAGACUUGUCAAAAGCGUCCAAUGAUGAAAUGAAAGCUGUUCUGAACAAUUCGCUAGCAGGACGGAAAGUCACUGACUUCAACACCAGUCUGAUUUUCCACAAUGUUGGGUCACUUGGAAACCUAGCUGUGGAGACUUUCCGUAUGGAGAAUAUGGAAGAACUGAGAGACUACUAUGACCUUAAUGUUUUUAAGGUGAUCGGUAUGAACACCCAAUUUCUGAAGAUUUUUGAAGAAGUUGAGGACAGGGUGGUUAUUGUAAACAUUACAUCUCUGUGUGCUAUUAAGCCAAUGAGCGGCAUGGCAUAUUACUGCAGUGGAAAAGCAGCUCGAGAGAUGUAUUUCAAAGUGCUUGCAGAAGAAAAGAAGCUUAUUAGAGUUUUGAACUACUCCCCCGGCCCGGUAGAAACCGCUAUGAUUGAUUAUGUGUUAGCAGAAACGGUGAAUGAGAAUCUCAGAGAUGUGUUCACCACGUUUAAGAAUCAGGGUACACUUCUGAAGCCCGAGAUGACGGCUAAGAAGUGCGUGCGUGUGCUCCAAGCGGGCAGGUUCGCUCCGGGCGAACAUGUUGAUUACUUUGAUGAUGAGUAAUCUCAAUUUUAAAUUACAGGAUAUUUAGCUGGAGUUCUUUGUAACAAUCAAAAUCAGUGCCAUUUUUAUCAAAAGUACUCUGUUCAUGAUCAUCAUUGUUACCUAAAUGUGUACCUAAGAGUUUAGAGUUAUUUAUUCACUCUCUGUAACAACUUUUUCUAUUUCAAUGUACCUUCAUCAAAAACAUUAGCCAAAUAUUGCCAAGUAAAUUGCCUAAACUAAGGCCUAAAGAAACAACCAUGUGUUUCAAAUAUUGUAACUCCUUAGAACUCCUUCUUGAUAUCCGAAAUUUUCUACAAAAGUUGCCACUUUGUCCAUUGUACAGUCAGCAGCAGAAGUUGCUAAGCGGGCUAAGUGUUCAACAUGAUCUUGACGCGACUUUAUUGUUAAGACAAUAAGAGCGUGUCAAGGUAAUUUUGAACACCUCGCCCGCCUAGCAACUUCUGCUGCUAACUGUACACACGUCAAAAGUAUGUUUACAUUUUUCGCUUUUUAGAAAGGAGUAAGAUGCAAAAGUGUAUACAUAUCUUUGACGUUCAUUGUUAAAGGGUCAUUUCACAUUUAAAAGUGGCGUUUUUGUGGAAUACAAGAGAUUUUCUUCAGCUCUCUAGUGAUAUGUAGCUUUCUUACUAUUCACCCGCUAACAUUUAGAUUGUACUAUCGACUACAUAUCUUAUUAGAUCUGACUUAGUAUGAUGUAAGUGAUAUUUCUAGUUCCUAGUUUGAGAGUUUAUUAUAUAUAUUAUGUAUUAUGUAGCUGCCAAAUAACAAUAUUUAAUAAUAUUUUUAACUUCUCAAUCUUUACUUUCAUGUAAUUCCUAAUAUUUGAUCACACCUAGUUACCUAUACGGUCAAUAAAACAUUUUGUACUGCAAAUCAUUAUUACUCGAAAACUUUUCUUAUUAUCUAAAAUGCACUUGUGAGGUGAAUAUUGUAUUUUAAGUAAAUUCAAUGUUCAUUGGAAAACAUUUUUAAUAGGUAGUAAAAUAACGCAUAUUUACGUUAAUAGGUAUAGUUAAGUUUUCAAAAUAGUUAUGGCAGCUACACUUAAUAAGAAUGUUUUUUUUUUUGUUUUUAUUCAAGGUUUCUUAGAAUUUUAUUAGUUAAGUUCUGGUUCUAUAACACCUACGUAAAUAGGGUAUCUAUGACAAUAUUGCGUAUCUUUGUAUAAUACUAUAGGCUAGCCGACUUGAAAAAUGUUCUACCUAUAUUUUUUGACUUGUUAAAUCAAAUGUCAAAUCAAUUUACAUUUACAUACAAAUCGCUAAAACGCAACGAAAAAACAAGGCUAUUUUGGUCAUUAAUAAAAUGAAUUAGUUUAUAAAGCCUGCUACAUUUUAAUUGCAUUAUUAUAUAUUUGUAAUUUGAAAAGCUAGCAUUUUUUAAAUCGGUUAGUAUAUAAUGAUAAGCCUAUUCAGAUAUUUUGGUGUAAUACUUAGUAUGACACAUUCCAUAUCAUAGCUAUAUUAUAAUGCUCCAGGCAAUUAUUUAAGAAAGGUCUCAACUGAAUUCAAGUACAAGAGUGACCAGUGAUUUUGAUAGCCCAGACGGUGCAAGUGUUAUUUAAACUCAUAGAAGUUUGACGUUUAAAAUAACACUUACACCAUCUGGGCUAUCAAAAUCGUUACCAACAUAGCUUGGUCUAACUAGCCAAUUUGAGUCUUAAGCUAGUUGGAAAAUAGUUGAAAUCCCUUGGGACCUUUUAAUAUUUUCUCGAAACAUUCCAAGGUUAUACAAAAUUUAAAUGAAAUUGUCGUUUUCAUGUAACCUAAAGUGUAUCUUAUGAAUGCAAUUCAUAUAAUAAAUGCUUGAAUCGAA